CCCAGGCCCCGAGGCAGCCAGGCUGCAGCUGUGGACGUGUCCACCUCCUGGGUGGCUCCAUUGGCGUUGGCCCGCACUGGGGGGCUCGAUUGGCUGCCCAGCUGGCACUGACAUUCCCUGGGAGCCUGGUGGCAGCCGGAGGUAAACAGCCAUGUGCAGUCCCGCACUCUAUAUUUAACAGCUGCCGCAGAGCAAGAGGGGAGGCCGGGAGCAACGGAGGCUCCAGGCUUCCGUCUUUGGAGAGAAGGGCCUCACAGCCAGGCUGGCACCGGCCCUCGCUGGGUGACUGUCACCAUGCCUGCCUCCCAGAGCCGGGCCCGGGCCCGGGACCGCAACAACGUCCUCAACCGGGCCGAGUUCCUGUCCCUGAACCAGCCCCCGAAGGGGGCGCCGGAGCCCCGCAGCUCGGGCAGGAAGGCCUCGGGCCCCUCGACACAGCCCUCAUGCGCUGGCGAUGGGGCCCGCGAGCGGCGCCAGUCUCAGCAGCUGCCCGAGGAGGACUGCAUGCAGCUGAACCCCUCCUUCAAGGGCAUCGCCUUCAACUCCCUGCUGGCCAUUGACAUCUGCAUGUCCAAGCGCCUGGGGGUGUGCGCCGGCCGGGCUGCGUCCUGGGCCAGCGCCCGCUCCAUGGUCAAGCUCAUUGGCAUCACAGGCCACGGCAUCCCCUGGAUCGGGGGUACCAUCCUCUGCCUGGUGAAAAGCAGCACGCUAGCCGGCCAGGAGGUGCUCAUGAACCUACUUCUGGCCCUGCUCCUGGACAUCAUGACAGUGGCUGGCGUGCAGAAGCUCAUCAAGCGGCGUGGCCCGUUUGAGACGAGCCCCAGCCUCCUGGACUACGUCACCAUGGAUAUCUACGCCUUCCCCGCCGGGCACGCCAGCCGCGCGGCCAUGGUAUCCAAGUUCUUCCUCAGCCACCUGGUGCUGGCGGUGCCUCUGCGCGUCUUGCUGGUGCUCUGGGCCCUCUGUGUGGGCCUGUCUCGGGUCAUGAUCGGCCGCCACCACAUCACCGAUGUCCUCUCCGGCUUCGUCAUUGGCUACUUCCAGUUCCGCCUGGUCGAACUGGUCUGGAUGUCCUCCAACACCUGCCAGAUGCUCAUCUCCGCCUGGUGA